GUUGCUGGUUCAAUGCUGUAGCUGAGGAGGCUGGUGUGGUUUGUGUGUCCUGCUCUGUGUGCUACUGCUGGGUGCUGUGAGGGGAAUUCAGGCGAGCUCUGAACCCGCGACAUGGAUGCAUUGACCUUUGAUGAUGUGCAUGUACACUUCACUCGGGAGGAGUGGUCCUUGCUGGAUCCAUCUCAGAAGAGACUUUACAAAGAUGUCAUGCUGGAGAACUACAGGAAUCUCACCGCUAUAGGCUACAAUUGGAAAGACCAUAACAUUGAAGAACAUUGUCAAAAUGAUAGAAGAUAUGGAAGGCACAAAAUCACUCCUGCUGGAGAGAAACCCUAUGAAUAUACACAAUGGGAUAAAGCCUUCAAAUAUCACAGUCAUCUUCAAAAGCUUGAAAGAAACCAAACUGGAGACAAAAACUCUGAAGUCUUUCAACAUAGUAAAGUGCUUGCAUGUCAAAGUACUCUACAAAGAAAUAAAAGAACAAAUACUGGAGAGAAACCCUACAAACCCAGCUAUCUUCGAAUGCAUGAAAGAACACAUACUGGAGAGAAACCUUACCAAUGUAAUGAAUGUGAUAAAGCCUUUUUACAGCUCAGGUAUCUUAGAUUACAUGAAAGAAGACAUAGUGGAGAGAAACCCUAUGAAUGUAAUCAAUGUGGUAAAGCCUUUUUACAUCUCAACUAUCUUAGAAUUCAUGAAAGAACACAUACUGGAGAGAAACCUUACCAAUGUAAUCAAUGUGGUAAAGCCUUUACACAAAGGAGUCAUCUUCAAAGACAUAAAGUAGUACAUACUGGAGUGAGACCCUACAUAUGUAAUCAGUGUAAUAAAGCCUACCCACAGCAGAAUUAUCUCCGAAAACAUGAAAGAACACAUACUGGAGAGAAACCUUAUAUAUGUAACCAGUGUAAUAAAGCCUUUUCACACCAGAGUAAUCUCCGAAUACAUGAAAAGACACAUACAGGUGAGAAACCCUAUAAAUGUAAUCAGUGUGAUAAAGCCUUUUCACACCAGAGUAAUCUCCAAAUACAUGAAAGAACACAUACAGGUGAGAAACCCUAUAAAUGUAAUCAGUGUGAUAAAGCCUUUGCACACCUCAAGUAUCUUCGAGCACAUGAAAGAACACAUACUCAAGAGAAACCAUACAAAUGUAAUCAAUGUGGUAAAGCUUUUUUAUAUCUCAGCUGUCUUCGGGUACAUGAAAGAACACAUACUGGAGAGAAACCUUAUAAAUGUAAUCAGUGUGAUAAAGCCUUUGCACACCUCAAGUAUCUUCGAGCACAUGAAAGAAUACAUACUCAAGAGAAACCCUACAAAUGUAAUCAAUGUGGUAAAGCCUUUUUACUUCUCAGCUGUCUUCGGGUACAUGAAAGAACACAUACUGGAGAGAAACCUUACAAAUGUGAUCAAUGUGGUAAGGCUUUUACACAACGCAGUCAUCUUAAAACCCAUAAAGUAAUACAUACUGGAGGGAGACUCUAAAUAUGUAACCAAUGUGAUGAAGCCUAUUCACACUGGAGUCAUCUUCCAAAACAUGAAAGAACACAUACUGGAGAGAAACCUUAUAAAUGUAAUAAGUGUCCGAAGUCAUUUAUAUAUCACAGUCAUCAUCAAGCUGAUGGAAGAAUUUAUACUGGAUAGAAACCCUACAAAUGUAAUAAAUGUGAUAAAGCCUUUCCACAGCCCAGGUAUAUUCAAAUACAUGAAAGAACACAUACAGGAGAGAAACCUUAAAAAUGUAAUGAGUAUGAUAAAGCCUUUGCACAAGGCAAUCUCAAAGUGCAUACAAGGAUGCAUACUGGAGAGAAACCCUAUGAAUGUAAUCAAUGUGGUAAAGCCUUUUUACGACCCAGCGAUCUUCGGGUACAUGAAAGAACACACACUUGAAAGAAACCUUACAAAUGUGAUCAAUGUGGUAAGGCCCUUACAGAAAGCAGGCAUCUUAAAACCCAUAAAGUAAUACAUACUGGAGGGAGACUCUAAAUAUGUAAUCAGUUUGAUAAGCCUAUUCACACCGGAGUCAUUUUCCAAUACAUGAAAGAACACAUACUGGAGAGAAACCUUAUAAAUGUUAUCAGUGUAGUAAGUCAUUUAUUUCUCACAGUCAUCAUCAAGCUGAUGAAAGAAUUUAUACUGGAUAGAAUCCCUACAAAUGUAAUGAAUGUGAUAAAACCUUUCCACAGCCCAGUUAUCUUCGAAUACAUGAAAGAACACAUACGGGAUAGAAACCUUACAAAUGUAAUCAGUGUGAUAAAGCAUUUCCACAAGGCAAUAAUCUCAAAGUACAUACAAGGAGGCAUAUUGGAGAUAUCCCUAUGAAUGUAAUCAAUGUGGUAAAGCCUUUGUAUAUGACUAAUCUUUUGGGAUGCAUAAAAGAACAGAUACUGGAGAGAAACAUUACCAACAUAAUCAAUGUGGUAAAGCCUUUGCAGAGAGCAGUCAUUUUCAAACCCAUAAAGUACUACAUACUGGAGUGUAACCUCCCCCCCUCAGCUCAAAGUCUUCCCUGCAGCUCCAGAACUUCCAGACCAUGAUACCACCACGUGUUAGCUGAGGUAUAACCAUGCCAUAGUUUCUAUUCUCCAUGUUUUAGUCCAUGUCAGCCUAGGUCAUGUAGACACCUGUCCAUUAUAAACACACAAGCACACAUAUGCACACACACACACAAAGAGAGAGAGAAAGGAUUUGCAUGAGGAGCAUGGGUUUUGCUUCAAACAGAAUCGAAGCAUAGUCUAUUUAGAGUCCAGUGCUAGGAGUCAUCAAGGUAGACAAUCAACUUUUGGAGUCACCAUUAUGAACAAGGACCUGAAAGAGCCAGGGUUUUAAAAUUUCCCAGCCUGUAUUAAUACCGUGUAUGUGAAUGUUGGGUGAUCACAUUGGUGGGUAUACUAUUUGGGGAGGUUUGCUUCAUCGAAUAAAUAUUGAAUUCCCAGGUUGGGGGCACUCUUUAUAAAUAUGUCCCAGUGCAUUUGCCCAGUGAAGUCAACUCAGAAUUGAGAAGGCCAUUGGGCGUGACUGUGUAUUUGGUUGGUCAAACAUCUUUUAAUGCCAUUCCCUCUACUAGGAAAUCACUGCCCUUAUCUCUUUUUUAUUUGAAUGAACACUUUUUU